AUGACAAACACCAUGUCAGGAGUUGAGGCUGCCAUUAGCAGACAUCCUGAUGAUGAAGAGAAGGUUCCCGUCCACGACGAGGAUCCCCAGGCUCUCAAGUCUGAUGUCAUACACAAUGAGGAUACGGCCAGGAAUGCGGUUGGCUACAAAGAGUACCACGAGGCUCUUGAUCUCGACAUCUCGGAACGCGAGACACGACGGAUUCGUUGGAAGAUAGACUUCAUCAUCUUGCCAUGUUUCUUGAUUACACAAGCUCUCCAAUUUAUGGACAAGACUGCCCUCAACUAUGCCAACCUCUUCGGAUAUCAGGGAGCGCUGGGUCUUAAAGGGCAGGAGUUUAAUUAUCUUUCAGCAAUGGUCUACGCUGGCUAUUUCUUCGGUCAAUAUCCGUGCGGUUGGCUCAUUGGAAGGUAUCCCGCACAAAAGAUAAUGGCAAUCAGCAUUCUGUGCUGGGGGGUAAUGGUCAUUAUCCUGACCCAAUGCCGCUCAUACUCUUCAGCUCUCUUCAUGGGUAUCUUCGAAGCCGCUGUCACUCCCUCUUCUCUUGGUUGGGGUGGCAUAGUCGGAUCUUAUAUCUCAAUGGGCGUAUCAAAGCUGCCAGAAGAUUUGAAACCAGAAAGAUGGGAACUCAUUUUCUACAUUCUUGGAGGGGCGACCUGCAUCUGGGCCUUUGUAAUAUGGUUUCUUUUGCCUGACUCGCCGUCAAGCGCAUGGUUCCUGAAAUACCGCGAACGUCUUAUUGCUGUAAGACGUGUUGCAGGCAAUGAAACAGGAAUCAAGAAUAAGGCAUUCGACAAGAAGCAGAUCAAAGUGGCAUUCAUUGAUCCGAAAGCCAUAUUGCUAUUUAUCUCCGUCUUCGCAGCGGCUAUUCCUAACGGCGUGGUGAAUUCUUUUUCUACUAUUAUCAUCCGUGAUAUGGGAUUUUCAACGACCAAAACAACUGAGCUCAAAUCCGUCGGCGAUGCUGUUCAGAUUGUAGCCCUUUUCAUUGGCGGCACCAUUACACUGAAUGUUGCAAACUCUUACAUGUUCAUGAGCAAUCGACGCCGCGAUAGGACUUAUGGACCUGCCAAUAAAGAGGCAAGUGACGAAGCUGGAAUGCAGGAUCUCACAGAGUUUGAGAACAAGGAUUUCCGAUACGUCCUCUAA